GGGCGUGAAGUGAAUAAUAGUUUUUGAUUUCAUUGGUUCCGUCGAAGAAAUGUGCGUGUAUCUCGUGGCGUGUCCCACAUGGCACUAUAUAAACAAACAUUCAUUCAUUCAUCUUCACUCUUCACUCUCUUCCCUCCUUCGUUUUCUUCUUUCAACCACAACAAACCUUACGAUUCAAUUCUCAUCUAUCAAUGGCUCCAACAGCAUCAGCAGCAUCUUCAGACACUAUAAAGCCUCUAGAUGUUUGCAUUGUUGGUGUUGCGCGUACACCAAUGGGUGGGUUUCUUGGUUCUCUUUCAUCUGUACCUGCUACCAAGCUAGGAUCUAUAGCUAUUGAAGCCGCUCUUAAAAGGGCUAAUGUUGAUCCAUCACUUGUGCAAGAAGUAUUCUUUGGGAAUGUCCUUAGUGCUAAUUUGGGGCAAGCUCCUGCCAGACAAGCUGCUCUUGGAGCAGGACUAUCUCAAUCAGUAGUCUGCACUACUGUUAACAAAGUCUGUGCAUCAGGAAUGAAAGCUACAAUGCUCGCUGCGCAGAGUAUUCAAUUGGGCAUAAAUGAUGUUGUUGUGGCUGGUGGUAUGGAAAACAUGUCUAGUGUACCUAAAUACCUGGCGGAAGCAAGGAAAGGAUCCCGUCUUGGACAUGAUUCACUAGUUGAUGGGAUGUUGAAAGAUGGUUUGUGGGAUGUCUAUAAGGAUGUUGGUAUGGGAGUGUGCGCUGAACUCUGUGCAGAGAACCAUUCAAUAUCAAGAGAAGACCAGGACAAUUAUGCAGUUCAGAGUUUUGAACGUGGAAUUUCUGCCCAAGAAAAUGGUUACUUUGAGUGGGAAAUCACUCCGGUUGAAGUGUCUGGUGGAAGAGGAAGACCAUCAACAAUUGUUGACAAGGACGAGGGCCUAGGAAAGUUUGAUGCUGCCAAGUUACGGAAACUCCGACCAAGCUUCAAGGAGACUGGAGGUUCUGUUACUGCCGGCAAUGCUUCCAGCAUAAGUGAUGGAGCUGCUGCAUUAGUUUUAGUGAGUGGAGAGAAGGCAUUGAAGCUUGGGCUUCAAGUCAUUGCAAAAAUCUCUGGAUAUGCUGAUGCUGCUCAGGAGCCAGAGUUAUUUACGACAGCUCCAGCCCUUGCCAUCCCCAAAGCGAUCGGCAAUGCAAGGUUGGAGAGUUCACAGAUUGAUUUUUAUGAAAUUAAUGAAGCCUUUGCGGUUGUGGCUCUUGCAAAUCAGAAACUUCUUGCACUAAAUUCGGAAAAAGUUAAUGUACAUGGUGGAGCUGUAUCAUUGGGUCAUCCUCUUGGUUGCAGUGGUGCCCGUAUCCUGGUGACACUUUUAGGGGUACUGAGGCAGAAAAAUGGAAAAUACGGUGUUGGUGGUGUUUGCAAUGGAGGAGGUGGUGCAUCUGCCCUUGUAGUGGAGCUCCUGUGAAAGUAAUUCAUAUUCGGUUGUUGUUGUUGUUUUAGAGCCAGCGUUUGUGCAAUGUUCAAAUAUUGAUGCAAGUGUGCGUGCAAAUUUCAAAUUUUUUACAAGGACAAAAGGAAAGAGUGGAAACAUUUGGCGAUAUAGCUCUUAGAUUUAAGUCUCAGAUCUUAGUAGCAAAGUAGACAUUUAAAUUUUCAUUUCUCUGUAAUAAGUUGCUGGUGUACAUUGUUGUGGGAUGAAUAAUUCUUCAAACCUCUUAUUCGGACACAAGAUUACACAUAUCAGUGUGCUUUGCAAGAAUAUUGUGUUUAAAACUGAAAUGAUCCAAAAUAAAUAAUGAAAAUAAGCAAGCUGUGAUUGAUAUUGUUA